AUGUUUAUCGAAGAAGGCAUCUAUAACCAUGCUGGUGGUUUUCGGGACAGCCUGGCAGACAUGUCGGAAGAGCUGUGCCCCAGCUCAGCAGACACCCCUGUGCCCCUGCCCUUCUUUGUGCGCACUGCAAAUCAGAGCAAUGGCAUUGGUGAGGCCCGGGACAUGUAUGUGCCCAACCCAUCCUGCCGAGACUUUGCCAAGUACGAGUGGAUUGGACAGCUGAUGGGGGCUGCCCUUCGGGGUAAGGAGUUUCUGGUGCUGACUCUGCCUGGGUUCGUAUGGAAGCAGCUGUGUGGGGAGGAAGUGAGCUGGUCCAAGGACUUCCCAGCUGUGGACUCCGUGCUGAGCACAGGGGACUAUAUGACAUGCUGGGGAUUGAACCCAGGUUGGCUGCACUCAAAACAAAUGCCCUACCCACUGUACUAACGCUCCAGCCCUGGUCUUCCUUUCUGGCCCAAACACUGUAACAGCCAAUGU